CUUUUAGUGCACUGGAAUUGCACCUUAGUGUUAUUUUGUGUGUUGGUUGAACAUUUGAAAAUUUAAGUUAUGGGAAGUUACGGAGGCCAUGUCCUUCCUGGCUCUUUUUUUCUCUGCUUUGGUUUCUGGUACAUGUUAAAAUAUAGCUGGAAUUUUCUUAGGGGGAAAGGUGGCAACAGAAAUGGACCAAGUUACUGCUGUGGUAAAAUCCCAUGUUACGGUAUUGUGGUGGAAGGAAUUGUAAAAGUUGUUUUUAUAUCUAUAGGUAUACUGGUGGAACUCUUUUACCCCGGUUCCCCAGGUGGUCAUUUACAUAACAGCACAGGAGGGUACACCCAUCCAAUGAACUGGCAACACGCAACCAUGUAUUUCUUCUUUGGGAUUUCAGGAGUGGCUGAUAUUGUAUCACAUACUGCACGACAUGUAGUACCAGCAGGAAUGGAUCGUUUAUUUGGUGGAUUGGCUUUGUUCAUUGAAGGUUAUUUAUUCUUCUUUCAUCUACACGGUCGAUCACAUAUUGACACAAGAGUUCAUAUUUUGCUCGUGUUAACAGUCUGGCCAUCAGCGCUGUUUGCAUUUAUUGAAUGCCUUGUAAUGAACAAACGUAAAUUACUUCAUAUAUUUGAAAUGCUGCACACUGUGUUGCUUAUCGCCCAAGGAACGUGGUUCUGGCAGGCUGCAUACAUCUUGUACCCCCCUGAUGGCAACUACUGGGACCCAUGUAGUCGUAUUGAAAGUGAGCAUAACGGUACACACAUGCAACAUCAUGGUGCAGCUGAAAUGAAUGAUUGUAAUUCAGUUGGAGAAGCAGAAGUAAACCUCAUGUUUAUCACUCUCUUCUGGUCAUGGCAUAUUGCUGCUGUGUUUGGAUUUGUCAGUUUCGCAUACUUCCUUAUUUACAAGUUGUUGAAAAGUAGAGGCCUACUUGAUCCACAGUUUAUGCAAAGUUACAAAAACAUGAACGGUGGAACUUCACUUGGUUCAUCAACUCCACUUAACGGAGCCCUACUAUCCGAAUGCUCCGAAGAUGAAUUAUAAUAUUUCUAUGUGAAUUGAUGGGUUAAUUUAGGGUUUAAAAAUGGCAAAAUUUGGGAAUCAACUGUGUUUGGUACAUUUUAAGUUUACAACAUUUCCCAGUUGCUGUAAAACUAGUGUAUUUGUUUUUUUUUGGUAAAAAAAUAAAUUAUAAAAAGUUUAACUAGAUUAUUGUUUAAAAAAAACACAUUUUCAAAAAAAAGUUUGUCUUUAGUUUUGUAAUGUUUAACUAAUGUUGUUGUCUUAAAAAAACAAAUAUUUAAAAGGGUUUAGCCAACUCUGGCCUAUAUGCCAGGUUACUUACUUUUACACCUGACUUAUAUAUAGAUAUGUUUAAAACCUGACCCUUUUAUUUACACCCCAUUUACUUCUGAAACACAACCUUUUACUUUUGUAAAAUGUCAAAUGAAGCAUGCCAGCUGAUGUUUUGUAACUUAAAUUGAUAAUUGUAAUCAAAUAUAUUAGUGCUUUGUUUUGCUGUUGGUAUAUGAACAUUCAAAUGCAAGUUUUUUUCUAGUUAAUUUUUCUAUGUAGUAUAGUAAUCUAUUAUUACCACUUAUAAUCUGAUCUUUUAUUUUCCAACAUUCCAAUGCUUAUUGUUGAAUUCUUAAAUUACGUUUUACCUUAAUUUUUCGUCAAAACCGAAGGAGCCAUAAAAGUGGGAAUUAUCUACAAGUUAUGACCAAAUCUCUUAGGUGUGAAGGCUUGUAGGUAUUUCCAAUGGUACAUCUUAAACUUCUUUUAUUUUGUUGCAUUCAAACAGUUUCACUCACAUUUAAUUGCCUUGACAUGAAUUUCUUUACUAGUUUGUUGUGACAAUCGAUGGUAAUAAAACAAAUAAAAAUUUAUCUAAAA